AUGGUAAAGUCCACCUUGAUCUUUAGAAACGAUGGCCUUCCUUUGUCAGCCACGGUGGAUGAUGACCAGACCCAAAAUCUGACAGAACAAAAGAACCAAGCCAAAGCCAUAGUAAACAAGGUUAACUCAAAUUCUGCUACGGAGGCCAGCAUCAGAAGUGGAAAUUACACCAUUCAUUAUCUCCUUAGAGAAUCUAUUGUAUUCUUGGUGAUCGUGGACAAGUCUUUUUCAAGAAACCUUGCAUUUGCAUAUUUGCAAGAGAUUGCCAAUGAAUUUAUCAACUCCCACGGGAACGCAGCAUUAAGAUCCGACACAAGACCAUACCAGUUUGUGUCGUUUGACUCGUUUAUGAGCAAGACCAAGAAAUUGUACCAAGAUUCCCGAACCCAAUCGAACUUGGAUCAUUUGAAUAAUGAGCUUAGUGACGUGAAGCGCAUUAUGACUAAGAAUAUUGAAGAUCUUUUAUACCGUGGAGAGUCUUUGGAUGAUAUGUCUGAUCUCUCAUACAAUUUGAGAGCUGAAUCAAAAAAGUAUAGAAAAGCAGCUCGAAGAAUCAAUUUGGAGGCUCUGAUAAAACAGUACGUUCCGGUUGCAAUGGUGGGGAUUUUCUUCGUAUUUAUAAUAUGGUGGAUAUUCUUGCGCUGA